CUACAUGGUGGUGGGGAAAAAAAAAAGAUUAUAACCAAAAACUGGCGAGUGCAAGACUGGAGCGAAAGAUCAAGUGCCAAAUGUCCACCCUGGAGGAGCACUAUUGGAGCUGCUCCCGUGCGCCGCAGUUGGAACGCGAACACUCGUCGACGUCGUCUGCGGCCAACUGGUUAGCAUCCAAAGGCGAGGAAAUGAUGUCAAUCAUCACAUCGGUGCUGGGCAGCGCCUAUAGCUCGCUGCACCGCCACCGGACGGUCAACUUGAUCCGCCGUGGCCUGGUGCUCUUCGCCGUGGGGGUCAUCCUCGCCCUGGUGCUCAACUUGCUGCAAAUCCAACGCAACGUCACGCUCUUCCCCGAGGAGGUGAUGACCACCUUGUUCUCGUCCGCCUGGUGGAUUCCACCGUGCUGCGGCACCGGGGCAGCGGUAGUGGGUCUGCUGUACCCGUGCCUAGACAGCCAUCUUGGUGAGCCACACAAGUUUAAGCGGGAAUGGGCGAGCGUCAUGAGGUGCAUCGCCGUCUUUGUGGGCAUCAACCACGCCAGCGUUAAACUGGACAUUGACAACAGCGUGCAGCUGUCGCUCACCCUGGCCGCCCUGUCGCUGGGCCUGUGGUGGACCUUCGACCGCUCGCGUAGCGGCUUCGGCUUGGGCGUCACCACGGCCUUCCUUGCCACCGUUUUUACCCAGCUGCUGGUCUACAACGGUGUCUAUCAGUACACAUCUCCCGACUUCUUGUACGUGCGCUCCUGGCUGCCGUGUAUUUUCUUCUCUGGUGGCGUCACCGUGGGAAACAUCGGCCGCCAGCUGGCAAUGGCCGGAGUGGAGAAGCCGCAUAGCGACUGAAGGCAAACAUCACAAAAAGACCCCCCCUAAAAAAACACUUGUGUGGUUUGAGGGAAGAAAAAAAAAAGCCUUUUGUCCAGUGUGCCAUGUGACCUUGCAGAGGCACCACCCAGCCCACCCCAACGAAGGAAAUGACAGGACACACUUUGCCUCUUAGUCUUUUUUUUUUUCUCUUCUAAUUUUACUUCAAAGCUGGUUUGACUUUGACUUGACAACGAUCUUUUAAAAGGGAAACAUUCUGGAUUUCUUUCUGGCAUGUGAUGACUUCAAACCCUUUUGGGGGGACUUUCCAUACUUUUUUGCCUGCCUUUUUUUUUCUUUCUUUUAAGUGACUGUACCUUACAACGCGCAGGAAUGAGGAGCAACAGGAAAUUUACACAGGAGUGCCAAUUUGGCUAGUACAUGACUAGCAUCGCAUCUGAAAAAAAAAACCAUCUGCUGUAUUUCCUUAUGUGCUUCGAGCUACUCCAGCAUCGUGACAAGAGACAAAUGCUGCUUUGCAUCAACCAGUCUCGAGUGUGACGCCGGGACACAUUUUGCGUUUUUUAUACACUUGCGAGAUUGUAUCAGAAGUGUUUAAAAAA